AUGGGUUCUAGCCUCCUUCCAUCACCAGCCUUUUCCAUGGCUAUCUUCUUUGCAGUUUGUGCGUUUUUAUGUGUGUUUCCUGAGCCAGCACUUGCAAAGCAUGCAAGGGUUACCAGGCACUACAAGUUCAAUAUCAAGUCACAGAAUGUGAAAAGGCUUUGUCAAACAAAGAGCAUUGUGACUGUCAACAGGCAGUUUCCGGGGCCUCGGAUCAUAGCUAGGGAAGGUGACAGGCUUGUGAUCAAGGUGGUCAAUCAUGUUCAGCACAACCUCACCCUCCAUUGGCAUGGGGUCAGGCAAUUGAGAAGUGGAUGGGCAGAUGGUCCUGCAUAUAUCACUCAGUGCCCAAUUCAGACAGGCCAGAGUUAUGUCUACAACUUCACCAUUACUGGCCAAAGAGGCACCUUGUGGUGGCAUGCACACAUCUCCUGGCUUAGGGCAACUGUCUAUGGACCUAUUGUCAUUCUCCCUAGAAGACAUGUCCCUUACCCCUUCCCCCAACCCUUCCAAGAAGUUCCCAUCAUUUUUGGAGAAUGGUGGAAAGCAGACACAGAAGCAGUCAUCAGCCAAGCCUUGCAAACAGGGUCGGGACCAAAUGUCUCUGAUGCUUACAUCAUCAAUGGUCUUCCUGGGCCUUCGUAUAACUGCUCAGCCAAAGAUACAUACAAGCUCAAGGUGAAGCCAGGGAGGACCUAUCUGCUGCGGUUGAUCAACGCUGCACUCGAUAGUGAGCUCUUCUUCAGCAUUGCCAAUCACACAGUCACUGUGGUUGAAGCUGAUGCAGUCUAUAUAAAGCCUUUUAAAACCCAGACUGUUCUCAUCACACCAGGACAGACUACAAAUGUUCUUCUGAGGACCAAAUUUAAGUCCCCAAAGGCCACCUUUGUCAUGGCAGCUAGGCCUUAUGCCACCGGCCCGGCGGCUUUCGACAACUCAACAACCACAGGCCUACUAGAAUAUGAAACAUCUUCUGUCAAAGCCAACAAGAACAAGAAGAAGAAAAAGCUCCCUCUUCUCAAACCAGUGCUUCCAAAGCUCAAUGACACAUUGUUUUCCAUGAACUACAACAAGAAAAUCCGUAGCUUGGCCAAUGCCAAAUUCCCAGCAAAUGUCCCAAAAGCUGUGAACAAGAACUUCUUCUUCACUGUUGGCCUGGGAGUAAGCACAUGCUCGAAGAACCAAACAUGCCAAGGCCCAAACAACACUAGAGUAGUAGCAGCCAUCAACAAUGUGACAUUUGUGCAACCAAAUACAGCUCUUCUCCAAGCCCACUUCUUCAACCAAUCAAAGGGUGUGUACACCACAGAUUUCCCAACCAACCCACCAUUCAAAUUCAAUUACACAGGCACUCCACCAAGCAAUAUUGCUGUGAGCAGUGGCACUAAGGUGGUGGUGCUGCCUUUCAAUACUAGUGUGGAGUUGGUUCUGCAAGACACUAGCAUCAUUGGGGCAGAGAGCCACCCACUUCACCUCCAUGGCUUUAAUUUCUUUGUGGUGGGCUUCGGUUCUGGAAACUUUGAUCCCAAGAAUGACCCAAAAAAGUACAACCUUGUUGACCCUGCUGAGAGGAACACCGUUGGCGUGCCCUCUGGUGGGUGGGUUGCUAUACGCUUCCUUGCUGAUAAUCCAGGUGUUUGGUUCAUGCAUUGCCAUCUAGAAGUGCACACCAGCUGGGGCUUGAAGAUGGCAUGGGUCGUUUUGGAUGGAAAGAGACGCAAUCAAAAGCUGCUUCCUCCACCAUCCGAUCUUCCCAAAUGUUAA